UUGGUUGGAUUAUGCCUGUGCCUGCUAGGAGCAGCACCUGGCUGCAUGGCGAUGGCCCGCAUCAAAUCACGAAGCCAAUGGAGCAGCGUUUCCGACGUUCGGCCCCUGCACUACAACCUCAGUCUGCUGACCGAGGUGGACGAAGUGAGUCUGGGCGGAACCUUCCUCGGCGAGGUGACCAUCCGGGUGCGCGUGUGGCGCGAAACCCGCACCAUCGUCCUCAGCACCAAUGGCCUGCAAGUGGGCCCCAAGGUGGUGCUAAUCCGCAAGAACACCGGCGGCCGGGUGGCGGUGCGCAAGAUCUCGCAGAUGGCCCGCCACCAGCGACUCGGCAUCACCUUCAAGAGCCUGCUCUGGCUGGGCGAGGAGUACAGUCUGCACCUGGAGUUCAGUGGCCAGCUGUCCCGCACCGGCGGCUACUUCCUCGGCGGCUACGUCGACGCCAGCCGCCACCUGCAGUGGGUGGCGGUCAGCCAGCUGGCGCCCAACCUGGCCAACACCGUCUUCCCCUGCUUCGAGGACCCCGCCCUCCUCAGCCCCUUCGUCCUCAAUCUGGCCCAUCCAAGGAACACCAAUGCCGUGAGCAAUAUGCGAGUGCAGAGGACAUCCGACCAUGAGAGGGAUAACUACAUGUGGACUAGCUUCUACCAGACCCCGCCGAUUUCCGUCCAGAAGCUGGCCUUCUCCAUCAAUCGCUUCACGGGCAAGACAUCGCCGAGAUUGGAUGACUGUCCCGAGCUGGUGACCUGGUUGCGACCGAGGAUUGCGGAUCAGGGGGCCUACGCCAUCGGCAUCACGCCCCACAUCAUAGUAUACUUUGUGGGCCUCUUUGGAAAGCCGUAUCCCUCGGCCAAGAUUGACCAGCUGGUUCUGCCGGACACCGCUUAUGAGAGCCACGAGCACGUGGGUUUGGUGAGUUACCCGGAGGCGGAUUUUCUGUAUAGUGAGAAGGGCUCGACGGCGAUGGCCAAGCAGCAUGUGGCCAGUCACGUGGCCAAGGAGUUCGCCCACCACUGGUUCUCCGAUCUGGAAACUCCCUCCCUGUACUGGCUGCACUACGGCCUGUCCGACUAUCUGGCCGGCUUCGCCGUGGACAAGGUGGAGCCCACCUGGCGACUCCACGAGCUGGCCAUGCUGCGGCAGGCGUUCGUCGUCCUGGACAACGACUCCAAGGGCAGUGCCCAGGCCGUGAGCCUCGCCGACGACACCCAGACCUACCACAAGUCAGCCCUGCUGUUCCGCAUGCUGCACUCCCUCAUCGGCACCCAGGUUUUCGUGAACGCCAUUCGAUUGUACUUGCAACGCAGCAAGAGGGGUGCCACCAACCAGACGAUCCUGUGGAAGGCGUUCCAAGAGGAGUCGGACCGCCAGAUGAGCCUGCGUCAGGACGUCCAGGUGAGCCGGCUGAUGGACUCGUGGACGCUGCAGCCGGGCUAUCCGCUGGUUAGGGUGGAGCGCGACUACGCCUCGCAGCGGGUGAUGGUGACCCAGGAGCGGUUCCUACGCAACCCGAGCGGUCGCAGUGGCGGGAAGCCGCGGGCGGCGAGUCGCCGCCACUGCUGGUGGGUGCCGCUGGCCUUCACCUCGGCGGCCCGGGACAGCUGGGAGUCUGCGCUGCCCAGCGAGUGGCUGACCUGCCAGGCGCACCAGCCCCCCCGCCCCCUCAUCCUCACCGAGGUGGCGCUUCCCGAGGAGUGGGUGAUCUUCAACUUCCGGGUGACCACGCCCUGCCGCGUCACCUACGACGAUCGCAAUUGGCGCCUGAUCGGACGGGCGCUGGCCUUCCAGAAUGUGAGCAGUAUUGACCGCUUCACCCGGGCCCAGCUGAUCAGUGACGUCCUCAGUUUGGCCGGCGCCGGGGUCGUGACCUAUGACCUCGCCCUGUCCUUCCUGCGAAACCUGCAUCGGGAGGACGAGUUCGUCGUGUGGCAAGCGGCGGCCAGGAAUUUGAGGUGGCUCCAACGCACCCUGCACAACACUCCGAUAUUUUCCGUUUUCAAGAGCUUUAUGAGGGGCAUACUGCAGACCAAGUUCAAUGAGCUGUUCAUCCCAAGUACUCGAUCUGGAAAGAGCUAUCCCUUGUACCUGAGGGGUCUCAUCCUGCAGCUCGCAUGCCAAACGGAAAUGAAAUCCUGUGCAAAUCUGGCCCUCAAGGAGUUCAGUGGCCUGACCCUGACGACCAAUAACAUUCCGGUAGAUCAGCGCGAGACCAUCUAUUGCACCGCCAUCCGACUGGGAACCGAGGCGGAUUGGACACUGCUGAGGCGACUGUACAAGCGGUCGAAUGUGUCCGAGGAGCGGGGCAUCAUCCUCAGUGCCCUCGCAUGUAGCCGCGAAAGCUGGGCACUGGACAAAAUGCUCACCUUGGCCUUCGGCAGUAGCUAUUUGCCCAAGGACGAUGUUUUGCUGAUCUUCAGCGCGGUGGCACAGAACCCCUUGGGCUACAUCUUGGCCAAGAGAUACCUGGUGGACAACAUUCAGACAAUCAUUAAAUUGUAUGGAAACAGCACCGAUGAGAUAGCACAGCUCAUUACGGUGUUGAUAGAGGAGGUUAGCACGGAGAAAGAGCUCGACUUUCUACAAUCGUUUAUGAAAAAAGAACUGAGGUAUCUGCCUGGCAUUGAGGCCACCUCGCGACGUAUCCUGGAACUGGGUCUUGACAACCUAGCCUGGCACAAGAACCAAUACCUACACAUGGUUUCUGCCGUUUGCAACAUAACCGGAUCCAUAGAGCCCCAUUGCAUAUAUUAGGAUAAGAAACUAGAAUAGCCUCCAUUUCGUCAAAUAAUUCGAUGAUUUCAAAGUGGAUAGAAAGCCAGACAAAUAGCUUACCAAAAUCUAGAAAAGUAAAUCUUGAUAGACAUUAAAUGUAAAAAGCUAAAAAAAAUGUAAAUCUGUUUAUUUUAAUAUUUAAGCUAAAUAUUGAAUAAUAAAUAUACUAUAAAUUGCCUCAUAGCAAUCUU